AUGGAUUCCUCGAAGGCUCCCGUCAAGUUCGUCAAGGUCACUCGUGUCCUUGGCCGUACCGGCUCCCGUGGUGGUGUCACCCAGGUCCGUGUUGAGUUCAUGGACGACACUACCCGUUCCAUCAUCCGCAAUGUCAAGGGCCCUGUUCGUGAGAACGACAUCCUGGUUUUGCUCGAGUCUGAGCGUGAGGCCCGUCGUCUGCGGUAA